AUGGGCAGACAUUAUCCCCUGGGCUAUAAUUAUUUCCGCACGCGGCUGCACAAGGCAUUCAUGUCCAAGGCAGAUUUGAGAGACGAAGAACAAAUACGCCAAGGCAUCAAGCGAGCCGAGUUCGUGAAGAAGGAAAUCGAGGCAUUGUACUUUUUGAAAAAGUACCGGUCAAUGAAACAUCGAUAUUCCUGA